CCUCUCCUCCCCGCGCUCGUCCCGCCGCCUCGCCCCUCUUGCUUCCCUUGCCCGACCCCAUUGGGCACCGCCGUCUCUCUUCGCCCCCACCCGCUCCGCCCGUUCCGCCCGUUCCGCUUGCCCGCGCUCCCACGCUCGCGCACUCUUCCCCCCACCAUGACCCGGAGCAAGGUCCAGUCCUCCGCUGGCUCCAAGAAGGGCGUCGACUCGCUCCGCUGGGGCCGCGAUGGCUUCGAGCAAAUGGUCGCCUCUGACCUGUCCAAGAAGCGGGGCGGCAAGCGCCGCGUCCAGCAGCUCAACAGCACUACCAUGCCCGGCCUGCCGAUCCCGGUGCUCCGCUCGGUUGUCUCCUCCAAUCUGGCCGGGCGUGUUUCUCUCGCCGGCGGCCCGGUCAUCGGCACCGCCAAGAAGGCCAAGAAGGCCAAGAUUCAGCAGCAGCAGCAGCAGCAGCUGACCCAGAAGAAGCAGAAGACAGCGCAGCAACAGUCCAAGCAGUUUUUGGCCAACCUGCCAAGCGACCUGCGCGGUCGCAUUCAAAUUGGCGGCGCUGCCGGCAGCACUCCCAACGUCGUUGCCAAGACCUCCGGCGGUCCCGCCAAGACAGCUGGCGGUGCUACGCGCAAGACCCCCGCCCCGAAGGUUACCACCUCCCUGCCCUCCGUUGUUUCGCCCCUGAAGGCCGGUCUGUCGGGGAACAUCUCGGCUCCUGCCCGCGCCACGGAUGAGGGCACCCUCCUCCUGAUUCGCAACCUGGUUCCCCAGUGCAACAUCCAGGAGCUCCUCUCGGGCAUUGAGUCGCUUGGUGUUGAGUACAACGACCAGCGCACCGCUGUUCGGGUUCGCUUCGCCCUUCGCAACCAGGCUCUCCAGUUUAUCAAGGACUAUGAUGGUCUCAAUGUUGACGGCAACCGUCUGGAGGUCUCUCUGGUGACCAACAAUUGACCAGGCGACGCCCUACUGGGAGCCCUCCUCCUCGUUGGCAUGCAACACAUACAUCGACCCGCACGCCCACCCACCCACCC